UGGGUCUGUCCCGUGUCCCCAGCGCUCACCCACAGCCGUGUCCUCGCAGAGAGAAGCAGUGAACCCUCACACAGUCUCUCCGCUCCAGCGCUCCCAGCCUGGCGCGUCCCGUUGCGCACAGCACAGUUUCCAACCCUGCACACUUCACAGACGCACUCCGGAUUUUUCUCCCAAAAGCCUCAGGACGACUGCUGGGAAAGAUAGCUACAACUUUACAAGUCAGUAUGUCUCAUGUGUGGAUGACGGCGGAUCGGUGACAGGAAGACUCGGGGGAGUUCAGGUAGAGCAGGAGCGAGGACGAGUCUUGGCUCCCCCCCUGGAGCAGUUUACGCAAGGUGAUAGAGGAGAGGAUCCCCACCGUUACACUAUCACAUGGAUUCUUCUAUGAUGUCACCUAUCACUCUCUGAGCGCUUCAUAGUUGCUCUCCGCUUCACUUCCCUCCCAAACUUCAGUCAGCGGAUCAUUGUGAGAGAACAGGAUGGGAUCGCAGACCGGGACAGCUCUCCUGUGGUUCAUUGUAGCGUCUCAGUGUGUAUCAGCACUGGGGUGCGGACCCCACUACGAAUUCGCAAUUGAAGAGUUCUGCCUGGCCAAAUUCAGACUGGACAUGCAAGAGCUGGACCAGAGACAAUGGUGCAGCUGGGAGGACACAGUCGAGCUCUACGGUGAGCUGACAAACUGCACGUUCCUAGUGGCGCUGAAGAUGGAGUGCUUCUGGCCCAACAGGCUGGUGGAUGAGUUCUUCAUCCGAGUCCACAGGCACUACUUCCAUGACUGCUCGAUGUCUGGGCGGCUUCUCAAGGACCCACCCAAUCGCAUCCUGGGUCCUUUCAUUGUAGUGCCCAUCCUGGUCACCCUCCUGAUGACGGCCCUGGUGGUGUGGAGGAGCAAACGUAGCGAAGGGAUUGUGUAGUGAAGGGAUGAAGGGGGACAAGCAUCACAAAAACUCAAGACAAGAGGUACUUUUUGUCCCUAAGGUUGUGUCAUCUUCACCCUCAGUGACCAAAGGAUCUCUUUUUCUGAGUGUUUUGGGAAAGUGUUUCUACAGGACCGGAAUGUCUUCAUUAUGGACCUGGAAGAGGAGCUGGACAAGAGAAACGUUAAACCAGAUUCAACUUCAGUGAUGCUUGAAUCACCAUUUUGAAUCCUUUGCAGCAGCCAUCUACUGUUACACCAACAGUGUGACAUGGAUUAAAACCAUUUUAUUGGUUUUCAGAGCAAAGAGGAGCUGAACUGCACACCUGAUUCUGAUGUGGACCACUAUAGUGACUGGUGAAAAAAUAUUGUAAAUAUUGAAAAUCACUUUAUUGAAAGAAACUGCUUUAAGGAACUUUGGGGGUUGUGAAAUGUUACAACUGAUAAAUGAAUUUAUCAAUUAUUUUUGGAGACCAUGAAAAUAACUGUUACCUACUACAGCAACACAGGAAUGAAACACUCUUUAAACUAUUGCUAGGCAACAAAAGGACAGUUACUCCGACUUCUGUUAGGGAACCCAGGUUUAUCAGAUUUUAUAUGUGUAGACAUCAGGGUCCAAAAUGUACUUUUUUGUCUAUCUGCCAAUGGCUGGUAAUUUACCAGCUCAAAUAUUUUCAACUAGCCAUAAAGCUACAUAAAAUACAAAGUCAUUAAAAACGCCAAAUCUCUCCCUGCCCCCUUACCUGUGAAUCGCCACUUCUAUGAAGAUUUUCUUGCAAUCUACUUCCACCAUGCUCUUGACUUUUUAAGAUUAAUCUCCUCCAGCAUUCUGACGCGACAUACUUGAAGGACACCGGUGGACUAAAGGGGGGGGAAACAUGAUGAAGUGGCCAACAUGCAAAAAAAAAAAAAAGUUCUUCACACUGGUGCCCUUUUUACUUUUUCUCCACCUGAGUCCGCCAUCAUUGUAGUAAAUGCAAAUUUCUCCUCUGUGGUACCCGACCAAAACCACUAUGGUAAUCAAGCUAGAUAUAGUGAGUGUAACCAUAGUGACACUAGACAACAGCAGGCAAUUAUGCGCUGCCUUUCAUGCUGCCUCCAGUUUGCAGAAUGGAUACAAAACAAAACAAUUAACAGCCUAUUUCAGGAACCUAUGGCGGCUGACCUCAUUUAUUUAAUCCGCCAAUGUAGAUUUUUAAUCGUAUUUAACAGGCAGGUGCUAAUUUUGGACCCUGGUACACAUAUGCUGUAAAUACAUGGAGUAUGUACAAUAUGUAUCCGUUGGUGGAUUGUCAGAAUGUCUUUGUAACACAAUCAAGGCAACCAACCAUAGAAUGCUAAAUUAAUUAUGUUUCCAUGUCAUGCACAAAUACCUGAUUUUCACAGAUGUGCGUAUUACUUGAAAUACGUAGACGAAUCUGGGGAAGUACCGGAAGUAAUCAAGUCGCCAUUACUGUGGAGGCGUCUCCCUUUAACAUGCAAUGAAUUAAUGCAAAUGUGCUAGGAAGUGUACAAUUUUCUAGUUCUACCUUUAAGUGCAAUAUUACAUUUGACAACGAUAUCCAGGAGUCAUUUAACCAUGUUCGUCUACAUGGUGAAACAACAAGUACCGUUAGCUAAGUUAACACUGCUUAGCUAGCUAACGUUAGUGGGCUAACACAGUUUAGUGGCUGCAGUUGUCCCAGAGAAUGAAUUACAUCAACGAACUGUGGCUUUAUUGUAGCUUUAGUUGCACUUACUAGGGCAACAAAAUGACCACAAAGUCAACAUCAUUUGGCAUUAAAAACAGAAUGCGUAAAAUCUUGUAUGGAGUUUUGGUGAGUUACCGUGUUAUUUGGUGAAUCUCAGCAGAAUGCGUCCAUGUUUGCGCAUAGUGAUGGCAGCCAGUGAAAAUACAAAGAAAACAGGUAGGUGUCCUUGUCAAAGCCUUUAGUUUUACUGAAAUCCAUCUUAAAUAAAUUAUGUUAGCCUACUCAUCUCUUUUUAUCAUCUAUUCCAACCAAUUUACUGCAAGCAACCAUGAACGCAUUUGGCUGAAGUCACUGCUUUAAGUCAAAAGCCUAACUGUCAUUUGGCAGUCAAUAAUAUUUAGAUUUUGUGCCAAUGUUUGCCAUCAAUUCGCUGAGAAAUCAACCUACCCAUGCUGCUGUCACUGAGCUGGCAGCAGCAGACACGAGUUGCCACCACAGUAAUGGCGUGCCGCUAUGGCUGAACACACAAAGCAGUCACUGGAUUCAUCUAUACUCUCUAUCAUGCAGAUGGCUUAUGGUCAUAAUGUCAAGCUAUAGUGGGAGUAGAAUCUGUCUGUUUUUAGUUUUCAUUUCCUUUCCUCUGCUCAGACAUACCCUCAAUCCCUUGACAUAUCUACCGCUGAAUCUCUCCUCUGAAAGGCAAACAAAGACAUGUUCCCAUUGCAUAAUGCAAACGGAUCCAGCUGGAAAAAUGCAGGAGAUAAUGAUGUCAAGCGCUAAAGCUUGGCAGAUGUGUAGUAUAGGUGAGAGACAGCAUUACGCGGGGGUUGAGGCCCCAAUUUGGAUGGGCUGUGAUGAUGUCCUGUUCUACAGCUUCCAUCCUCUAUCACCAAGGAAACUAAAAUAAAGAAAUGCCAGCAAACACACAGGCGGAAGUGGCUGACAGUAAAGAAUUUGAAGGCCAACAUACACAGGAGAACAGAAGUUCGGGGACUGUGGACAGUUAAUUAACCAAAAAUUCUCACGUUCUUUUGAUUUCGCUCCCUCAAACCCUUCUGUUAUUCACAUUGGUUGCCGUUAAGCCACUAAACCAACAAUUACAUUAUUGAUUGCCUCCCAUUUAGGCAGUGAACAUGUUUUAAGAAUGAAAAUGAGAACAAAGAGUAGAAAAUUCACAGUGGAAAAAAAUCACAACGCUAACUACAGAGGGAACAUAAAGCAAUGGAUUAGCCAACGCACAUCUCUGCUGAACAUCGCCUAAAGCACAGUUUCUGUAUCAUGGACCAUAUUGAUUUAUGAUCUCCCUGUGUGGUAGAGUGUGCUGUGUGAUCUCUUUCCUCAUUGAUAUUUUUGAAUGCUCUCUGUCUUUUAUAGAUUCAUUGACCUGUAACCUGCCUGUCAGCAAAACACACUUUAAAGCACACCCACACUUCCUCAACAUGAUCUUACUUUGUACUUUGUGCCAAAAGCUCUUGGAAAACAGAGAGAAACGUUUGCGAUGAAAUGUCUAAUUUUCUGUUGGAGUGACUUCUAAUGAUUGAAUUUUAAAGUCUAUGAUCGCGAAGAAAAGUUGAAUAAAACGUCUGAUUAAUGUGUCUGAUA